AUGCAAGGGCCCGUCUCAACCUUCAUGAUGAUGCGACUUGCACAGGACAACUCGAUCAUGGACAACAUCGACUACAAAGCGAAGGUUGGCUUCGUGCCGGCCGGCGACGGAGGCCGAGUCACAAUCGUCCUCUCGUUUGCGUCGGAAUCCCCUUCGCUCCUCGGAGCCGAGGCGUGCGGCGCCAAGAACGCCCUCGUGAAGGACGUCCCCGCAAAGUCUGGCGCGGAGGCCUCCGACGAGAGCAUCAUCAAGAAAGACCCUUCGGCAGAGGCGCCCGCCGCGGGCACGGUCGACUCGGCCAAGGCCAAGGCCAAGGCCGUCGGCAUCCCGCCCGAGAGCGAGCCCAGCCCGCUCAAGGACGGCAUUGACGCGGGCGGCGGCAACGUCGCGGGCGAGUCUUCGCCGAUGAAGUCCUUCGCGAAGGUCGGAAUCGUGCCGGCUGACGACGGCCGCAUCACGAUCGUCAUCUCCGAGUCGGUGUCGCCUUCGCUCCUCGGAGCCAAGGUUGGCUUCCAGCCCAAGUUCAAGAUCCUGGUCAGCUUCUACCAGGUCGCCGCGACGCUCGGCCCCGUCUACGGCGUCCGCUUGCACGAGGACUUUACGCGCUGGACCGACUUCAUCGACGCGAUCAGCUUUGACCUCCUCGGCCUCACCUACCCGGACGCGUGCAUCGGCUCGAUGGCUGAGCGGCUCCUGGUUGCCGGUCUGUGGCCGAUCGCUUCUAUCAUGCUCGGAGGCGCCGCCAUCGCCUGCUACGCACUCGCGGAGUGGCUUCUGUCUGGUCGCGCCGACAGCCUCCGUCGCGAAUUUGUCCGCGCGACGCUGCGCCACCUGCUCUACUGGGCCAUCCUCGUCGCCUACCUCGUGUUGCCCUCCGUCUCUCGCUCCAUCUUCAAGGCGAAGCAGUGCGAGUCGUUUGACAUCAACGCCUUCACCGGGGAGAGGCGCAGCUACCUCGUGGCCGACCUCGACGUGCUGUGUAGCCCCGACGACGACGAAUUUCGCGGCCUCGACGCGUAUUUCUGGGCUUUCUUCGCACUCUGGCCGGUGCUCGUCCCGCUAGCCUUCCUCGCGCUCCUGCUCUGGAUUCGCCCCGCGGUGCAAGCGCAGCGUAUUGGCCCCCUCGCCCGAGCCUGCCGCUUCCUCUGGCGCGACUACGAGCCGGCCUUCCUCUUCUGGGAGGUCGUCGAUCUGGGCCGCAAGCUCUUCCUCGCCUCGCUGGUGCUCUUCAUUCAAACAGACACUGGAUCGUCCAAGCUCCUCCGCCUCGUCGUCGCGUCUGUCGUCUCGGCCCUCUACCUCGCCGCCCUCUCCCUCGCCCGGCCCUUCAAGCGUGACGACGACCUCUACCUCGCGUGCACCGCCAAUCUACUGAUCGCCUGCUGCUUCACCUCCGGCACGGUGAUUCAGCUGUGCGAGAGCGCUGCCUACGAGGACAUGUGCAAGACCCUCGUCGGCUUCGAGAGCGCGCGCGGCGCGAGCGAGUUUGUCGUCGUGCUCACCGUCGCAAUGCUCAUCGCAUCGCUGCUCGUCGUCCUCUUCAAGACCGUCAGCGCCGUCCGCAUGCCCACCGUACGCCUCACCUCCUCCGGCCGCCCCCCUGUCCUCGAGCUGUCCCCCGAGUGCCACUUCCACGGCUUCAUCUCGCACUGCUGGGGGACCGGCCAAGACCAGACGCACACCGUCGUGCGCCAGCUCCAACUUCUCCUCCCCGGCGUCCGGAUCUGGCUCGACGUCGACAAUCUCGAUGACGUGGGCAGGCUCGAGGAGGCAGUAGCCGACGCAAUGAACUUCCUCGUCUUCCUCAGCGCGGGCUAUUUCAGGAGCUUCAACUGUCGCCGCGAGCUGUACGCGGCGCUCGCCUCAAAUCGGCCCUUCAUCCCCAUCUUCGAGGCCGACGUGGCAAAGGGCGGCGCCUCGAUCGAGGCGCUGAAGGCCGAGUGCCGCGAAAACUGCGUCGAGGCCGCCCCUGCUGCCUACCCUAACUACAGCGGGCCAGGCGAGAUGCUCGCGCGCGUGUUUGAGGAGGCGGCGCCGAUCGUGUGGGUGCGGGUGAACGCCUUUCAGCUCGAGUCGCUCAAGGCUGUCGCGCUGCGGAUGCUGCUGCACUCUCCUUUCUACGCGAGCCGCCCGGCCGAGCUCGCCGACGGCGUGAUGGUACCCGGCCAGGCGGGCCCCGUUGCCUUCAGCGGCCCCGUCACCAUCCUCGUGUGCCGCGGCAACGUCGGCGUCCUCGAUUUGUCGGAGCUGGUCAAGACGGCGGCGGGGGAGGGGCGCGGCUCUACCGCCAGCGCCGAGGCGGUCACUGCGGUCGUGAUCCGCGAUGCGGAGGAGGCGCUCGAGGGAGCCAACGCGGCCCCGCUCUCCGGGCACGUAGUGUUCCUGCUCUACCUGAACGAUAAGACCUUUCUGGACUACGGCGGCGUUGUCGCGCGCCUCGUGCAAGCGGCGAUGGAUCGGCGCAUCGCCAUCACCAUGGUCCACGAGCAGGAGCCAAGCUGCGGCGGCGUUCCUUUCGCCAACUUUUUCCAGCAGACGCCGCAGGUGCUGCUGCAGCAGCCGUACAAGCUCUUCAACACGGUGGCGGUGCCGCUCUACCCGGCUCCGGAGCACCGCACGGUGAGCUUGCGCCUCGUGCUGUGCAGCAUGGGAGCGGUGCCGUGCGACGCGGGGCCGCUCCGGCGGCAGUGGCAGCUCCUCCGCCGCCACAUGGCGGUGGCGCGCCUCGUGCGGCGGCGCCCCGCCGAGCGGCAGCAACUAGAGCAGCCGUAG